GAGAGGAGCAGAUGUCAAGCCUAUGAGCCAGAGGAAGAUGAAAUAUCUCUUUAUCCUGAUGAUUCACUUUCGGAUGAGGAGGAUGAACCUGACGUAAAUAACCAGAAAAAGUGCGAGGGGAAAGUUUCUUCACAGUGAUGAAUGACGUGGGUUUCCCUCCCAUUUCUGAUAGCGACUAUUUUUUGUUUGUUUCGAAGAUCAAACAGAAUUAGAUACCCUGUAAGAAGACAUCCUAAAGAGGGGAAAAACGAUGAAGAGAAGACAAAAGCUGACAGGGAGAAAAUGUGCAGCAGCGACGACAACAAGCCACGAUGGUCAGAAAUGGGUGUUUUUCCUCCCACAUCGCUCAUUAGAGACACACAGAUGAUUAUGAAAUAUUCCGAAUGAGACGAAACUUGGCAGGAACAUAGUAAAAGAAAGUCCACAUGUAUUGAUGGUAGUUUUAUACUUUUGAUUGACAGCAUGACGUCAUAAGUGACGUUGAAACAUGGCAUUAAAAUUUGGAAUUAAUUAUUUGACCUAAAUAACUUUAUAAAUAAAAUCUAUAAAAAAACGGAGCUUUCUGGUGAAGACCCCACUUAAAUCCGUUAAAUUGUUGCAAAGCUAGAGCUAAUUAAAGAAAUUCAAAUUUCCCGCCAAAUGUAUGGAAUUAACCAUAUAUGGUCAAACUUUAGGGGUAUUUAAACUCCAGCUUAUUAAACUAAACAGUAAGGAAACUAAGCGAACCAUGCAUAAAAGCAAAUUUGUUAUUUUUGAAUUUGGGACAUGGGGUGUCAGGUUGCAUGUUACGUCAUUUCAUAACAUGUUGACGUCAUAUUUACGUGUUGAUGACGCCACAAGUGAAAAUACCUAUAGAGUCCCAAAUUCAAAAAACUACAAAUUUUCUCCAGUGUGUUAUCCGCUACUUUUCUUUUAACUUCCAUUUAUUGUCUUGAACUGGAAACCUCCCUAAAGUUUUACCAUAUAAGGUAAUAAAACAAGUAAAUUCUUUAAAUUCCUUCUUUUAUUGUCAGUCACAAAAUAGCUUGUAACUUUGUCCCGUUUAAUGGAUUUUAACGGUGUUUUCACUGGAAAGCUUCACUCUGAUCACAGAACACCUCUAUGUGGCUUUUCUGACGAUUUUCUUAAUUCUAAAUUUUGGCACCAAAUUUGGAAGCUAUUUGUGACGUCACAAUGUCCAUCAAGAAUGUCAAACUGCCACCCAAAAAUGUAGAAUCUCUCAAGCAACAAUCCUGCCAUGUUUCAUGCCAUUUGGAAAAUUCUUCACGUCUCUGUGAUCUAUGUGGGAGGAAAAACACCUAUUUCUGACCAUCGUGAGCUAUGUUCACUGGUCUCAUGAAUCAAGUGCAAGAACAGAAACAGCUACGGCAACAGAACUUACAAGUAAUGCUUGCACAACAAAAUAAGGUGUUUAUAGCUUUGCUGGAAAAUAGCAAAAAGCAAUGA